AUGAGUGAAUCAUCGGAGCUGUCAGCGGAGAAGCUCCGCAGGAUGCAAAUCCUUCAACUGGCGGACCUAGGAACCGCUCGGCGUGAAAAGAUUUCCACCGCCGAUUCCACUACUCAGGCUCGCGCGCAUCUUGCCGACAUCGAAUCCAAGCGGCUUGUCGAUCAGAGAGAUAAAGCUCAAUUGAGUGAAUGGGCAAAUUUGCAUGCUAAAAUUGGAGAUACUCAUGGAAUGGAAGAACUCGAUGACAUAAAUUCCGGCCAGUCCCACCGAGCUAAUUUGCACGCCAUGUUGCACCCCAAUGGAAGUCAGCCGCGAGCCUACGCCAAUCACCCUUACCCAGCUCCAUCUACAGGUCGCGGUGGUGGUGUCAUGGGAAGAGAGGACGGGGUGGUUUUGUUCCCCUCCUCCCAGUGGACCUGCUAA